AUUUGAAUGACAAGCGUUCCACUGGCAUUGCAUUUCAUCCGCCUUUAUAUAAACGGAGGAUCUGGAUUUGAUGGGACCGACAGGGAGCACUAGGUGACGAUGGAGCGCGCAGGGAAGAUUUCCUUCUAUGAGGACAAGAACUACCAGGGCCGCUGCUUUGAAUGCAGCAGUGACAGUCCCGAGCUCAGCUCCCACUUGAGCCGCUGCAACUCCAUCCGGGUGGAGGGUGGCACCUGGGUCCUCUACGAAAGACCCCAGUACAUGGGCUACCAGUAUGUGCUGGUGCAGGGCGAGUAUCCCAACUACCAGAGCUGGAACGGCUUCAACGACACCAUCCGCUCCUGUCGCCUGAUCAGACAUCCCCCAAGCAGGCACAGGAUUCGCAUCUACGAGCGUCCGGACUUUGACGGCCAGAUGAUGGAGUUCAACGACGACCAGCCAAACCUGCAGGACCGCUGGCGAUACCGGGACGUUCACUCGGCCCACGUCCAAGACGGCAUCUGGGUCUUCUACGAGCAGCCCAACUACAGGGGGCGCCAGUACCUGCUGGAGAAGGGCGAAUACAGGCGGCAUGCCGAGUGGGGGGCCCUUCAUCCUACCGUGGGCUCCAUGAGGCGCGUUGCGGACUAUUAGCCGGUCUCCUUCCCGCAUUCGCUCCUCUUUCCUCCCCCCGCCUCGCAAUAAAUGCACAAGCUUGA